GUGGUGCUGUAGCCAAGCGACUGCGCCAUACUGUCGUUUGCUCUGCGCCCCACUCAGAGAAAUGUGAUAAAACGGUUGAGACCGAAGCUUACACGCCUGGCCGAGUGGCGCAGUCACAGCUAAAGUUGUAUUGCAACUCCGAGUAUCGCCUGCUGGAAGCCCUGACCCUACAGACAAAGUACAACCACCACAAUUUCAUAGAAAGUGUCUUAAAUGCAGACGGGCGGCGCGGAGCUACGGAGAUCCACCACCUUGCUACACACAGCCUGUGCUCUGUUGUUGUACUAUGACGCCGCCAUAUCUGAUACAUUGUUUCAGUUCAUGCGGUUGUACUUGUAGGCAACAACGUAUGAAAAUGAACGUUUCCACAGAUUCCAGGAGCAGCAGCAUAUCCCCGCGGCCCCUGAAGCAAAAUGGGGCCCUGGACCUUUUGUUCCCCUGCUCCAAACAGCCUGAGGUUCACCAUAGGUCAUUUAUGUAACAUAAUGACUAACUUCUUUGCCACGAAUCAUAUUCAUCCAGGGGGUGAGCACAGCUGAGAGGUGGGUGUGCUACGCUAUAGAAUUAGCAGGCGGUGCCUUGUUAUUUAAAUGUGAACGCUCUUCCACUUAUAGGCCCUCACAGCUAGGCGACUUGAGGCAGCGGAUGUGGGCCGAAGUGAGCUACCGCAACAAAAACAGUUCGACACCCAAAGGUUGCCCGGUCUUGAUGUAAUUCUUACAUUACUGUAUGGUCGAGGAAGCCCUGUCUGUCUAUAUAUCCUAAUCUUUGCCAGCAGAAGCGCAUUGGGCGCAUGUGUGGCCACGCCGUGUAGCAUACAAGCCCCGGUACGCCGCACACAAACUGCACAAGUACAGUACAGAAUGGAACAAGAACAGUACGGAAUUAAGGGUCGGUUUGUAUGCCCAUGCGCGCGCACGUGAAGCCUACACACGCGCUCAUCUGGUGAAUACCCUAGGAUGAGAGGGGGAUGCCCCCUCCCCUUCCUCCUCUCUCUAACCUACUCCAAAUAGACCACGUGGUUUCCUCUUUGCAAACAAAAAAAGAAAAAAACGUGAAUUGGAGUCGGCGGAGGGGCGGCGUCAGUCCUCUGCCGGCAGCACGCGGACCACUGAAAGAGGGAAGGGUAGAAAACCAGAGAGAGCGAGAGGCGGAGAGAGAGAGGAAAACAUUUUUCCCGAUCUGAUCCCGCCAUAGUUUUUCCCACUCUUCCACCAUAGACCCAUCACCAAAUCCAUCCAGCACAACCCACCUCCUCCACAGUGCGAAAGAGAGGCUAUAGGCUUCUGCUUUAUUCAUCUGCUGGGGCCGACUGCAAGUCAAGGGAUAUCAUUUCCUCUCCUGCUCCACUUGUUCAACUGGAUUUAUAGCUAAAUUCAACGUCAUCAUAUGGUUUAACACUUUUGAAUUUUCUUUUUUUUCCCCUUUUAGUUUGCUGUCGAGAUUUAACAUUUGUUUCGUUUUGCAUUCGUUUUUAUUUUUUUAUUUUAGACAUUCUUGCUUUCUAGCUUGAUUUCACUUGAAGUUUGUGUGGCAAGUGUGAUAAUAUCUUGUUGCGCUAUUUGCAAUUCAAGAGAGAAACUUUCUUUGCUGGCUUCAAUUUUUAGUUAUUCCGGGCUUUGUUUUUUUUUCGUUUUUUGGACUUGGGAAAACAAUUUCCACCAUGCACAAGCUAUACAUUGGGAAUCUAGGCGACAGCGUGACUGCCGAGGACUUAGGAAAAACCUUUGACGACCACAAGAUCCCAUACUCCGGACAGUUUCUUAUGAAAACCGGCUAUGCGUUUGUGGAUUGUCCGGACGAUCAGUGGGCCAUGAAGGCUAUCGAGACGUUUUCUGGUAAAGUGGAACUUCAUGGGAAACGUAUUGAGGUCGAGCACUCCGUCCCCAAGAAGCAAAGGACCAGGAAACUGCAGAUCAGAAACAUUCCACCUCACCUGCAGUGGGAGGUGCUGGAUGGUUUGUUGGCUCAGUGUGGGACCGUAGAGAACUGUGAACAAGUGAACACAGACAGCGAGACUGCAGUGGUAAAUGUCACAUAUGCAUCCCGAGAGCAGGCCAGGCAAGCCAUCCAGAAGUUAAAUGGAUACCAGUUUGAGAACAACGCCCUGCGCGUCUCCUACAUCCCUGACGAGAACUCUGAGCUGGAGGGAGGCCAGCGGGGGUCAGAGUAUGGCCGGCGCCCUGGCUAUGGCCCCCGAGGUGGGCCCCGCGGUGGAUCCCCGAGCUCUGGGAUGCCCUCCAAACCUCCGCAUGCUGACAUCCCCCUGAGACUGCUGGUACCCACGCAGUACGUCGGGGCCAUCAUCGGCAAGGAGGGAGCCACCAUUCGCAACAUCACCAAGCAGACGGGAAGCAAGAUUGACGUGCACCGCAAGGAGAACGCAGGUGCUGCUGAGAAGCCCAUCAGCAUCCACUCCACCCCUGAGGGCUGCUCAGCUGCCUGCCGCAUGAUCCUGGACAUCAUGCACCAGGAAGCUAAAGACACCAAGACUGCUGAUGAGGUUCCUCUCAAGAUUCUGGCUCACAACAACUUUGUUGGACGUCUGAUUGGGAAGGAGGGACGCAACCUGAAAAAAGUUGAACAGGACACAGACACCAAGAUCACCAUCUCCCCUCUUCAGGACCUGACACUGUACAAUCCAGAGAGAACCAUCACGGUCAAGGGCUCUAUUGAAGGCUGCUGUCUAGCAGAGGUGGAGGUCAUGAAGAAGGUCAGAGAGGCCUACGAGAAUGACAUCGCUGCUAUGAAUCAACAGACCCACCUGAUUCCUGGGCUCAACCUGGGUGCUCUGGGUCUCUUCCCCUCCUCCACCAACAUGCCCCCACCCCCGCCUGGAAACGCAUCUUCUGCUGCCCCCUAUGGUUGCUUUGGGGCUCCAGAGCAGGAGACUGUUCAUGUAUACAUCCCAGCACAGGCAGUGGGAGCCAUCAUUGGAAAGAAAGGACAGCAUAUCAAACAGCUGAGCCGCUUCGCCGGGGCAUCCAUCAAGAUCGCCCCAGCUGAAACUCCAGACUCUAAAGUAAGGAUGGUGAUUGUGACAGGACCCCCUGAGGCUCAGUUUAAGGCUCAGGGCAGAAUCUACGGCAAACUGAAGGAGGAAAACUUCUUUGGGCCGAAGGAGGAGGUCAAACUGGAGACUCACAUCAAGAUGGCUGCUGCUGCUGCAGGACGAGUCAUUGGCAAGGGAGGCAAGACGGUGAACGAGCUGCAGAACCUGACAGCAGCUGAGGUGGUAGUCCCCAGGGAGCAGACACCUGAUGAAAAUGACCAGGUCAUCGUCAAGAUCAACGGACAUUUCUACGCCAGCCAGUUGGCUCAAAGGAAGAUCCGGGACAUCCUCAUGCAGGUCAAACAGCCACAGAAAGGUGGGAUGGGUAUGGGCUCUAGCCCGAACCCCCAGGGCUUCACAGAGAUGGGCAGCCCCACACAGGGACUGACUCAGGACCACCAGCCGCGCAGGAAGUGAGGGUCCCCGCACCCUCCUCACAUGCUGUGGGCCCCCCCCGCGCCUGACGGAUGGACAGACAAACAGACAGACAGACACAUGCAUGGACGAACAGACAGACGGACGGACAGACGGACGGACGGAUACAGGAGAGCGACACACGGACCCAGCGAUAGACAGGGAGAGAUAUAAAGAGGGAGGGAGUACGCCCGAUAGCCAGAGAGAAAGAUCGGCAUUUAGAGGGAAAGUGAGAGAUGAAUAAAAUCAAAAGAUGAAAUGAACAAAAAAAAAAGACAAUUAAGAAACUUAAGAACAGGAUCCAGAUGCCAGGCCAGAAGUGAGACUGAUUGAGGAUGGAGGGAUGAAGGAAAGGAGGGAUGGACAGAGGGAGAGACGGUGUCCUCCUUGUGUGCCUUGGUAGAACUGCAGACAGCUCCUCAUCUGCUGCAGCUUUAACAGAUUUUACCUCAGGCAGGUUUAAACAAUAUGCCUGACAUGACUCUUCAUGUAAGGAUGGAGCCUCGCUGUCGAUGUUUAUGCCUGUCCACAUGUGUUCAGAUCUACUGCACAGGGGUGAGGCUGGCUGGAUUAACCUUUGCUUUCUGAGGCACACAAGCAGGACCUGUUUGUUUCUCUGUUGCCCCCUAUGGACCUCUCCAGCCAUCUGCAGUCAGUCCUAUAUUUUAAGGGUGGUUUUUUUAAACAUAGAGAUAUAUGUAUAGAAAUGUUUUAUUCAGAGCUAUUAUUGAUGGAAUGCAGUGAGGUGGAGUUGGGAGAGUGACCAGGGAAACUGCUGCAGCGGCACAGGGGGAAAGGUCAUGGGUCUGGCAUUAGCCCCACCCACCCCUUACCUCCUAGCCAAUGAAAGUUUAGAAGAGGGGCCGCAGAUGUUAACACUGCUCUUUGAAGACCUCUCCGAAUAGCGGAGAGAUUAAAAGAAAAAAGGAGAAAAUAUGAGGUUGUAAAUAUAUAAUCUUCAUGUAAAUCUUAAAAAAUGCUGCGUCUGGCCGCCUUGCCUUUUUUUUAAAAGGGAAGUUCCGUAUAUUUCCCAGUCCCUUGUCUGUGAUAUGAAGCAUAAUGUAGCCUACAAUGAGGCCAGGGGCUGGGAGGCACUGAGCUCCCCCUUCCACGUUUGGUCGUGUGGCGGAAGGCGCAGCAAGAGACAGUAAGGAGAGCGAAGGUCGCAGCUGGCCCUGCAGUUCUAUUGCAGCGGCUUAGCUCACACAAGUGAAACCAUAAGAAAACAACUUUAGAAAAACAGCCAGCAGCUAUGCUAGGUGGCUAGCGACCCGCACCUUAAACGGCAUAUUUUAUAUAUAUUAUAUAUAUAUGAUAUGUGAGUUAGCCCGGCCCCUCUAGUGAAUGUAUUGAAGGCAGCGAGUCAGGUGUGAGGAUUUGCUACACCUGUAUGAAUAAGUCCUGCAAUGACAGACAGACAAGGUGUGUCUGACACUUUCUGCUCAUUGCCUUCCUUCAGCGCUGGAUACUCAAGGUCAGCCCUGAACAGGAUGGCCUUGUCCUCAGAGGAGCUGGGGUUCUUUAGACCAUCCCUGCAGCAUUAAAGCCAUCUUUGCCCAAACAUGGCCUCUAAUGCUCGUAUUAAUAAAAAAUGUUUGAGACUGACCUUGGCCAAGCGCAGGAACCAAAAAGGCAAAGUCUUCCAAAGCUCCUUGCCUUGAGGCCAGAGAGGGUGAAAUCGGUCUGAAGGGGAGCAGCUUCCUCGUUCCCUCUCCCAGUCUGCCAAAGGCCUGUAGGCAGAGCCUCCGGACCCUGCCUGCGUAUGAUAAUGAGGGGCGGGGUCUAUGCCUGGACGCUCUUGCCAAAUUAGAACAGAUUAGAAAAGAAAUGAAAAAGAAAAAACCUACCUCAGGGUAAAGUUACCUCAGUAUUCCUAACUUUUUUUUUGCUUGCUGGUGUUUUAUAUAAGAAGAAAAAAGAAAAGAAGAGCUGAUAGUCCUGAAUAUUUUUUAUUUUUUUAAAGAAAAGAAGUAUUUUUUUUUUGUUUUUUUGUUUGUUUUUUUUUUUAGUUAUUGUCUUGUUGCUUCGGUUAUUUUUUUCUGUUUUUUUGAUGUGGUGAUGGUUGAAUGAGCUCAGGAUGACAAGGAGGGUGUGUUUUUUUCACAAAAUAGAAGAGAUAAUAUGUUGGUCUAGAGCGGAAAUGGAUGCCAUUUUGCCUUUCUUAGGUGAGGAAACAUGCUCUCUGUCUUCCUGAAGGAUGAUUGCUGUUGUCUGAAACAGAAUAUUGGCCAAUGGGGAGUGGUGUUGACUGGAGAAGUGGUCCUGCAGUGCGCAUGCUGAACCCACACACCACCAGGUGGAGCUCAUGUCAUCAGAGGGGUUGAUACUAUUGAUUCUCUAAUGAUUCCAUCCAGACAAUCCCCUCCUCAGGUCGCAUUAUGUCACUGCGACUGGCUAUUCAUAUGUCUGCUGGUCCACCUUGUGCUCUGAAGGACCUCCCUCUCCUGCCUUAUUUUGAUGAUAUCAUCAUGAAGCGCCAAACAUUAUGACAGGGCUUUAAGUGCUCAAGAGCUUAGGUCUCUCACCCACAAAGAAGGCAGGCGAGAGUGAGCUUUUAAAGCCAGCUCUCACCACAUCUUUCUUGACCUUUAUUCACGUGGAGGUUUGGAACCUGUCAAGAUCAGAGUUAUGUUGAACACAGCAGUAGAGGUCCAUCUACAGCAUAACUGUACGUGGACACAGAGUAGAGUAUUCUACCUACAUACACAAGCCUGAACUAGCUCUGACUUCUUUGAAUGUGAAUAUUUAUUACCUGUGCACUGAUGCUCCCUGUUGGCUACAUGUUUGUUUGAUGUGUGUGUUUGUUCUGCGUGCGGAAGCGAAUGUGUUCGUGUGUGUUUGUUCACUGGUUUGAAAUGUUCAUUUUUUUUUGUCAGGGGUUGGGUGAAACUUUAGAAAAAGCAGAAAAAAGUAGGACGAGAACCUAUGGCCCUCCGUCUGUAUUCCAACCAAGCGAGGAGGGAGAAAUCCGAGAACCUUUGAAAAAAUGGGAGCAAAAAAGAAAAACAAGUGAGUUUAAAAACAGCAUCAACAUAGGUGGGUAAUAGAUUAAAACCUGUACAUAAGAUGUUAACAAAAAAAGGUGAAAACAAUACUUUUGUAUUUUUGGAGAAAAAAAAGCAUAAAAAAUCAGAUUGGGAAAAGCUGUGUAGACAGGAAAGAUUGCGCCAAGCCAAGUCACUGAAGGACACUGCCAGAUAACUCACAGUCUUUUUAAUGUCUUACCUGCACUUGGCGACAUCCACCGCCAGUCUUCAUUGGCAACACUACCAACUCACCAUCAAACAGGGAAAAGUCUAUUGUAUUGUCUAUGCUUCCAUUUUUGUCCAGAGGGGGUAACUUCACAAUUCAACAUGGUUGUCCUGUGUUAAGUUUCCGCCUCUUUCCAAACCAUAGUGCUCUGUUCACAACCACCAAGACGCUAUUUAGGAUUCAUCAUUCAGCCUGCAACCAUUCAGAUUGGUUAGGAUUCAUUUCUUUUCUUUUAUUUAUUUGUUUUGGUUUUGGGUUUUUUUUUUUCGGUUGAUUUAGUUUUGACAAUACAGCAAGCUUUAUUUGGACGUGACAUCUGGGGACGUACUGUUGCACUAAUUGAUGAAACAUGUCGACAACAUCAAACUAUUGAAACGACUGAGAACCUCUUGUAACACCUGAUGCAAUUCUUUAAAGAAAAAGGUGGAGGGUGAAGGGAAGAGGAGAAGGAAGGAUGGGCAGAGUGGGGGUCAGAUGUUAUGGGAUGAGGAAACAAAUCUCUCCCUCCAACAACUGAAUUUCACCAUCUUCUAAUUGUUCCCCCUCUGUCAUUCCACAAAAUAGUUUGUUGCUUUCUCCUUGUUCAUUUUUUUUGCCCUUCUGUACUCCAGGAGAAGAGUGAGAUGUUUUUAUUUCCUUUUAUUAAGAAAAAUCAUUUCAUUUUUGGAGCGGGCGGGAACAUAAGGGUCCCUCGCCCUCUCUUGCGCUGGUCUCCAUCGUGUUCGUUUUGCUCACUUCUGUUCAAGACCUUUGGAUUUUCUUACUUUAUCUUCCUUUUUAUUUCUGUUUUUGGAAAACUGAAAAAAUAGUUCAAUUUGAUCAUGUUCUUUUGUUUUCGAAUGCACAAAUCUAUUAACGAAACAGCUACUAAAUACGAUGAACUACUAACAUGUAGCUCAGUACGUGACAGUAACUGUGCCAAACACACAGUAAGGGGCUCAGUCCAAAUUACACUUUAGAGCCAUUUUGAGCAAAUAACCUGAACACAUAGAAAAGGUCUUCAGAUAACUUCAGUAGUAUUCAGAGUGAAGAUUAUUACAUUCAAAUGGCGAUAUCUCAGCUUGGAACUGAACUCUUCUCAUCUUGUUUUUGUAUGUACAGUAGAGACAUUUUAUGGCUGUUGUGCCUCCUCACAUGAAAAGGUAUGGAGACACGCACCAUGCAUACUGCUCCUGCUCUGUGGCUCGCACAGAUCUGACCUGCAUCCUGACUGGGACAGAAAUCAUUAGACGUUUCCAUCUGAUUUUCACUGGAUCUGGAUCGUUUCUGGGCCCAAAAGUGAAUUCUCUGUCCUUUUUUUUCUUUUUAUGCAACUUGAGUGAUUUAUUGAUAUGUUGUACCAGCUAGGACAGAGUGGCAGUGUGAGGUGCCGCACAGUGUAAAAAGAAAUCAUUAUAGUUACCAUACACUAAAACUUAGGCAUCAAUCUUAUAUAAUUUUGUUGUAUCAAACUUAUUCCAAGUUUAAAGGACCACGCCAGUGCAUGUUCUAUCUCGUUUUCUGUAAAUUACUGCUGAUCGUUUUCUAACACAUCAUAUACCAUCUGUGUCUAAACCGGUCUUACCACCAUGUUUUAGGAUGUAUCCGUUCGUUUCACUGCAAUAUGAAAAUGAACUAGUAAGGUCAUGCUUCUUAAAAUGAUGCCAUGAUAGCAGUGAGGCCGAAACAAAACGCUGAGCCGACCCAUAGAGAUGGGUCGAGUCAUGAUUGUCUGUGGCUCGUUACUGCGGACGACCUACAUUACACAGUCGUCGUUCCAUUGUUAAUACUAACAUACAUAUGCGUUAGAGCAGGUUCAGGUCUCUGCAACCUGACUAGUGUAAUGAAAGGCAUCGAAGUCAUAAAAAUUUAAAAAUGCUAACAAAAUGCUUUUUUUGUUUACAAAAUGCUCAGCGUUCGUACAGAAGUGCAGUAAACGGGAUACAAACUCACUGAUGUUGUCCUUUUUAUUGAAAGAUUGAAAGCCUGGAUAUUUUGGGUUGACUGUCCUGUUUGUGGCAGCAGAGCACAGCUUUGCUUUUUUUAGACCUUACAACAUGUGGCCCAGCCCAACAGACAGUGACAAACAGACUCCGAGCUCUUGUGAGGACAGUUUGAAAUAAAACAGCGCAAACUCCUCCUUGUCGUGGACCCCCGUCCCUCAGCAGAAACUGGCUCCGAGUCUCAACAAAUUUGAAGCAAAACGGAGACCAAACAGAGGGACGAGACGAAACAAACAAACCUCUUGACACAUAACUAGGAACGCUACCUCAAAACAUAAGCAAACUCAGCCAGAAGAUUGUUUCUUUUUUUUUCUUUUUUCUUUUUUCCAAUACAAAUAGACAAGAACAAACAGUCAGUCAGACAGACCUGCAGACAGAAAGGACGGACAGUCCAAUUUACAGUUACAAUUUUUUUUUUUUUCCACUCUUCAACUUUAAUUUAUUUUUCGGUUAAUGAAAUUGUACCUCUCUAAUUUAGAGAUGGAACUGUAAAAACAAAUGAGUAAAUAAGGAAAAAAGACAAAAAAAGACAAAAAAAACCCCAAUAUGGACACAUUGUGGAGCGGAGUGACAGCCAGGAUGAGGAUUUUCUUCAUGUGUUAGGUAACCUGAUUGGUCUAAAUGUGGACCAAUCGAAAUGAGGCAUUAACUUUCACUCUGGAAACAGUUUCUACUUUAACUGUUCCUUUAUUCAGACGCUCUGAAUCCCGAACUUAACACCUCGGUUUUUUUUUUGUUUUUAAAACCUGCCUCUGACUGCUAAAAUUACCCACAAUCCUCCAUCAGCUCUGCCUUACUGCUCCACAACCCCUCCCUGUGAUUUCACCUCCUGAUUCGAGGGGCACGACACCUGUAACCAUUAAAAUGUUUUGUUGAUCUACCUCUUGGGAAAAAAUAGGUAAAUGGUAUUUUUUUUUUCUUUUGAAAAAGGACACAAAAAUAACAAAAAAAAAAAAAAAAAAAAAGUUGCUCGAAAGAAAUAUAGGUAAAUGAAUAACUGGGUAGCGGCAUCUCCAUAUACUGUAGUGGAUAGUCUAUUAAAGGAAAAAACUUUUACUUCUUCCAAAGAUGGUUUUGUUUUCUUUUUCCAUUCUUAGUUCUUUUUCAAAGGAUUAUGAAACUGAUUAAUAAUCAUAAAGAGGGAGACAAAAACUUACCACCUGUCUUUAAUUUUCUUCUUUUUUUUAAAAAAAAAAAAACCCAACAUAAAUGAGAUUUCUUUAUCCAAUUUGCAUUUUCUUUUGUUCAUUACAUUAAACUUACACAUUUUUAAACUUCAAAAUAUUCUUCAUGUUUUAUUUUGGUUGACUUUCUAAUUUUUUUUCUCUCUCUGUUUUUUUUUAUGACAGCAGAUUGUAUCUCUUGUGUUUGGGUGCAUUUAGCAUUUUCUUUCUCUCUGUAAAAAACAAAAAAAAACAAAAAAACAAGCCUACAUAAGUUAGAGCGCCCUGCGAGGACCUUCUACAACGACUGAUGAUCUGUUUUCACAAGUCGUUUGAAAAAGCAAAAGGACCUGUUGUUUAGCUGACUGUGUAGCUGCAGGUGGAAGGAGGGCGGGGGGUCCUGUAACAUUUCUGUCCUUUUCAUGCCCCUCUUAGCUGGAGAAAACGAUUAAUCUGACCUGGCCUCUGCCUUUUUUUUUAAACUGACAGAUUAAGAUCUCCAUGUGCUGUGAUUGUGCAGCCAUGAGGAGACUUUGCUCACUUCCCAGCUGCAGAGAUUAGUGUGAGAAGCCCCAAGUCUUCCUCCUUCCACCAGACGGCGCCUUUGGUCUUUACAGUAUAUGGACUUUCACCCUCUGCCUGCCUGAUUCCUUUAGUCCUCAUCAACACUUGUUUUAAACUCCUUGUAAACAAAACAGAGCAUAGAUAUGAAUGUGUUAUUAAAAGAUGAGAAAACGGA